AUGCUACCUACAUCGACGCGUAAUUUUAGGCCGCCGAACGGGAUGUCUAAACGCAGCGGAAAGGAAUGCAUCCUUGUUGCAGCAGGUACCACCCUCUUUUUGGCAGCUCGGAAGUCUACAGCGGCCCAGAGUCCCGGGACGGAGGUGUGCUAUUGGCCAGGAGUGCUUGCCACAAUAGCCGCCGCCAGGGACACGAUCCGACCUCACCAAAAAAGCGCGAUUGUUCGCAGAGUGUCAUCGCCUGAGUUCAGACAAAGGCUAGGUGUGGUUCGACCUCAGGGCUUGGGCAACAGUCCAGCCUUCAAGUACUACCUGCCGCUCUUGAAUCUCCUGAUCUUACUCAAGUGGUUCCGGCGCUGGUUUGAGGCAGACAAGAACCCACAAUCAGUUCCCCAUGGCUGCAUUCCUGAAGUCUGGGAGCAGGCACACUUUUGCAUCAUUGCUCCUCCUACCACCACCAUAGUUCCGUCCAACAAAGCUCGGGAUUCGUUAAACGAAUGGCUGGAUGUGAGGGCUGCCGACACUCCAAGCCCUGUUCUGGACGUAAAGGGCACUCCCACCGACAGCGAUUGCAUCCCCAUUGUUUGGGACGGGGUCUUCAUUUGCCUCGCCCCACCAACGACAACAAUUGGCCCUUCAACCAAGCGCGAUGAGUCCGAGGCUCUAGCUGGGAGGGACACCCCAAGCCCAACAUCUACGGACCCUACUCCUACGGACAGCAAGACUUGCGCUGUCUGGCAAGGUGUGAUUAUCUGCUGGGAGCCUCCAAAGACUACAAUCGGGCCUUCGACUAGGCGUGGCCUUGAUGCGGCUGAGAUGGAGAAGAAGGACGUCACUGAAGACAAGCGCGAUGGUGGCUGGGGUGGAGGCGGUCUUGUUCCCGACACGCCUGUUCCCGGCGGGCCACUGCUUCCAGGUCCAUAUGUUCCUGGCGGUCCGCUCAUCCCGGGUCCCUACGUGCCUGGACAUCCGGUCACUCCAGACCCGACGUACCCAGGCGGAGAGAUCACACCGUCCACCUAG